UUCAAGUCUCAAACCAGUACACCUUUAUCAACACUAGUCCAAACUUGAAUUACCUUGCCUUAAAAAAAGGGGAAAAAAAAUCCAUGGAGAACUCCACAGAGCAGCCUGAACAACCACAACAGCCAAGAACCGGUGGCCGGCGCCUGAUACUUUUCCCUCUCCCACUCCAAGGCCACAUCAGCCCUAUGCUCCAGCUGGCAAACAUUCUCCAUUCUCGAGGCUUCUCCAUAACCAUCAUCCACACCAGCCUCAACUCUCCAAACCCAUCGAACCACCCUCAUUUCACGUUUCGACCAAUCCACGUCAGCAUGUUCGAAAUCGACAAUGGAUAUCCGAAAACCGAUACUCUCUCCUUACUUGAAAUGCUCAAUGUCCGAUGUGUCGAGCCCUUCAGGCUGGCCUUGACCGACCUGUUGACCGACGACUCAACUGAACCAGUCUCCUGUGUGGUCUCAGAUGCCAUCUUACAUUUCACAUCAGCAGUUUGCAAGAGUUUGAAAGUUCCGAGGAUUGUUCUGAGGACUGGUGGAGUGUGUUCUUUCUUGGCUUUUGCCGCUUUUCCAUCCCUACUCGAACGAGGCUAUCUCCCGCUUCAAGACAAGAAGAAGCUGGAAGAUCUAGUAGAGGAGCUUCCUCCACUAAGAAUCAAGGAUCUCCCAAUAAUCAACACACCUAAUCCAGAAAAACUGUAUGAGCUAGUGCAAGCCAUGGUAGAACAAACAAAGGCUUCGUCGGGACUAAUCUUUAACUCCUUUCAAGAACUCGAAGACUCGGCAAUCGAAAAACUUCGCAGGGACUUCGAAAUCCCAAUCUUCCCAUUAGGUCCAUUUCACAAGCACUUCCCAGCCUCUUCAAGUAGCAGUUUAUUCGAAGAAGACCACAGUUCAAUCUCGUGGCUCGACAAGCAACAUCCAAUAUCGGUUAUCUACGUGAGCUUCGGCAGCAUUGCAGCAAUAGAAGAAAAAGAUUUUGUCGAGAUAGCCUGGGGAUUAGCCGGCAGCAAGCAUCCCUUCCUCUGGUUCGGCCAGGACUAGUUAAAGGCUCUGAUUGGCUGGAACGUUUACCGAAAAAUUAUUUAGAAACGGUAAACGGACGAGGGCAUAUUGUUAGGUGGGCCCCACAGAUGAAAGUGCUGUCACAUCCUUCGGUUGGAGCUUUUUGGACGCACUGCGGAUGGAACUCGACGUUGGAGAGCGUAUGUGAAGGGGUGCCGAUGAUUUGCAGCCCGUGCUUUACAGAUCAGUUGGUGAAUGCACGAUACGUGGGGCACGUUUGGCGGGUCGGUUUGUGUUUGGAAGGCGGGUUUAGAAGGGAAGAGAUUGAGAUGGCUAUUGAAAGGAUAUUGGGGAAUGGAGAAGAAAGGGAGAAAUUAGAGGGAAGGCUUUAUGUUUGAAAGAGAAGUCUAAUCUUUGUGUUAAGCCUGGUGGAUCUUUGUACGGGUCCUUGCAGAACUUGGUCGAGUACUUGUCGCUGUUGUAAAAUCUUCGGGAAGUUUCAUUACUGUGGAACUUUCUGUUGAUCUGCAUGAGGAUAUAAGAAAUCAUGAAGAUACUUGUUUCAAAGUGCAACAGAGCAGCUUUAGAGUUAAAAGAGAUAGGAAAGAGAACUAAAUCACCUUCUGUUUUACACAUCAAACUCACCCACUAAAAAUCAGUUCUUUAUGUUGAAAUAAAACCCAUAUUUUCUGGGACUGGUGUAUGUAUUUUCUUGUGAUACAGCUUAUUCAUUUGUAAACACAUCAAAGGCAGUUACAUUGCAGCCCCAUAUUUAAAUCCAAAUUAAGCCAUAAAAAACAAACACGAUUUUUCCUAGCAUUGCCAUAUUCAGUAGUUUUCAGAGCAAAUCAAGAAUUGCAAAUGCAGCUCAACUGACAAUUAUUCAUGAUCAAAACCAGUUUAGAAAACGAAAU